CAACAGGAAGAAAACAUCAAGUGUUAGCAUCCGCAGCUGCAGUUCGGCUUAGCAUCGGCAUCGUGAUGAAACAUCCUUGAGAACCAGGAGGAGAUACGCUUUAUGUGCUGUCAUGCUGUAUUCGCAUUAGAGACUUCGCUCGAACGACAACCGAGAGGUUUAAGGCUCCAGAGUUUCCUGUUGUUGAGGUGUUAAAAUAAGGGGUGAAUGAGUGACGUGGUGCCGCCCACAGCUCUCAGUGAAGUCCAGCUCCGCUUCUUGUGCCACGAUGACAUAGAGAGUGUGAAAGUGCUGUGCGGGGAUUGGUUCCCAAUCGAGUAUCCAGACUCAUGGUAUCAGGAUAUUACCUCCAACAAGAAGUUCUUCUCCCUGGCUGCCACCUUCAGAGGAGGCAUCGUGGGAAUGAUUGUGGCCGAAAUCAAAGGCCGGACCAAAGUACACAAAGAGGAUGGAGACAUUCUGGCCUCCAGUUUCCCGGUGGACACACAGGUAGCCUACAUCCUCAGCCUGGGUGUGGUCAAAGAGUUCAGGAAACACGGAAUAGGCUCCCUACUGCUGGACAGUCUGAAGGAGCACAUCUCCACCACGGCCCAGGAUCACUGUAAGGCCAUCUACCUUCACGUCCUCACCACCAACAACACUGCCAUCCACUUUUACGAGAACCGGGACUUCAGGCAACACCACUACCUGCCCUACUACUACUCCAUCCGAGGCGUCCUGAAGGACGGCUUCACCUACGUGCUCUACAUCAACGGAGGGCAUCCGCCCUGGACCAUAUUUGACUAUAUCCAGCACAUUGGCUCGGCUCUGGCCAGUCUCAGCCCGUGCUCCAUCCCCCAGAGGCUUUACCGCCAGGCCCAGUCGCUGCUGCGCUCCCUGCUGCCCUGGUCCAACAUCGCCUCCAAGACCGGCAUCCAGUACAGCCGCACCAUGUGACGCCGCACGGAGGCGCCGCCAGUCUUCCCUGCUCCUCCCCGGUACACACGCUCCCGAAAAUGUUCUGUGGUCUCAAAUGUCGGCCCUCCGAUGCUCUCGCUGUGUCUCCAACACACCAAGACAGGGUCAACCUCCUGGAUAGAAGUGCGAUGUUUUGGC